CCUGACAGAAGGUCCCUCCUGUCAAAGACGCCAAAGGGACGUUCUUCCAUCCGGAUGGCAUGGCCGUGCCAUGGCACUCAGCGCGCGACUUCGCUGGGCUACGGGGCCUGGAGCGCAAGCCCGUGCUGGGGCGCCUGGCGGUGCCACCCGAGCCCGAGCCCCCCGGUCCGCCCGCUGCGGGGGCGGCGCCGUUGAGCGCGGCGGAGAAGGUGAAGCAGCGGCUGGCGGCCCUACGAGGUGCGGCUCCGUCGCGUUCCGCCGCGGCUUCUUCUUCCGCGGAGUUCCGCCGUGUGCCGGGCAUCGCGGUGCGGAGAGCGGCUCCGGUGCCGAAGGAGGAGGAGGUGGCCAACUUGCUGGCCUUUCAUUGUCCAAGCAAACGCUGUGGGCAUCACUGGGUGACGGGACGUGGCGCCACCAGCUCCGAGCAGAUUUGCAAGUGGUGUGGGGAAUCCGUGGUCGGUGUGCCGAGCAAGGGGAGCAUCUUCUGUGAGAUUGACCAGGAGGCUGGGACGAGUGCUGGUGAGGUGGUGAAGAUCCGCCUUGCACAGCAUGUGGCGCCCGGCUGGGCCACGAUGGAGCUGGAGGACCGCUUGGUGGACUUCGUGGGCUCCGAAAUCCGCUUUCUCUCCCAGUUCUUCGAGCACGAUGGGCUCCGGGACUACAUCGCCUACCGUCAAGGGAAGUCCUUGGAAGAUGAUGAAGGUCGAGACCGAAACAAGGAUGCAGGAUUGGUGGAGAGCAUGUGGCAUGUUGUCGAUGCUCUUUGCAAGGCCGAGUUCACGGGGAGCAUGCGGGCUGGAGAGGCGGACGCCAAGUUGCAGGCUUUGCUUCGUGGAAAGAUCAAGUUCACGGUGCUGUGUGCACCGGAACGCGACGCGCACGGCGCGGUGGUGACGGCGGAGGUCGACUUCGCGGUGGAGCUGGACCUGGAAGACAAGAUCGCGGACCGGGCAGACGAGCGGCUACAGCGCUUGAGAAAAGUCAUGAAUGAGAUGGACAAGAAGGUCCGCUCAUCGAGAGGUGCAGACGACGCGCCCUGUGACACGCAGAUCCUGCACCCGCGGGAAUUGCUGGCCAAGCUGAUUUCGAGCUUCGACUGGCGCCGCGGGUUGAGCGACCAGACCAUGCGUGAGGGUCAUGAUCAGAUCCGCUGUAUGACCUGCCGCUUCCUCGGCGAUGAUUGCAGCGUCGACAUUGGGAGGUCCAAGGAUCUGCGCUCCGCCCUGCGGCGGCUGCCGAGCUUCCUCUUCUGCACGCGACUGCUCUGCCGACGCACCGCGCCCACGGCGCCCACCGCCGAGGAUUGGCGUGCGCAGACUUCGAGCUUUCUAGAGGCGGUGGCGCAGACCAAGGGAAGCCAAUGCUUCAUCCGGGCAGAGGUGAAGGAGGAGGGUCUCUCCUUGCGGAUCUUUUCCCGAGCAGACUGGCUGGUGAAUGCGGCUGAACGGCUUUGUGCGCUGGCGUCCCAAACAGAGGCCUUGACCUUAUCCAGCCUGGUGGGCCCUGGCCGCCAAGCGCGCGGCCUGCGGAUGGACUGGGAGAAGACGUUGGAGGCGGUCCAUGACAUUCCAGCCUUGCUCAAGGAGAUGCUACCGGAGAGUGCCACCGGACCGGGGGCGACGGCGGAGAGCGGACGGCUGGGCUGUGUACGAUGGUGUGGAAGCGACGCUGCGCACGACGUGACGAAGAGCUCAGUGGUGCCUGCCAAAGUCAUGCAGGAGACCCAGCAGAUCUUUCGAAGCUAUUGUGCCUUGGACGAACUCCUGGACUUUGUCGACUUCCUCAAGGACUUCAGGCAGAAAGGCGCCGCCCAUGCACGGCCGCAGCCGCGGCCGCCACCAAAGCCGCGGCCGCCGCGAGAGGUGCCCCGCCCCUGCGCCUGCUCGCCGGACCGCCGGUCUCCGGACCGCCGGUCGCGGUCGCGGUCGCGGGGCCGGCGACCGGCGGCACGGCGGUCGCCGUCCUACAAGCCCUAUCGGGGUCCGGAGGAGACAUCGCAGUUCGAAGCCUUAGCUGCCAAUAGAAUGAUGCAUGACUGGCAAGCAUCGCGUGGAAGGAUGGGCGGACGGGGCGCUAUAGGUGAUGUUCGUUGUGGAAUUUGCCCGGGGAGGGACAGAGGCGGAGGGGUGUGGUUGUCAUCACCAUGACAGUGAUUUUGUUCCGUGAAUUAUAUAUUGAAUAAAUAAAUAAAAAUAUAUAUAUAUAUUUACUAUAUAUUCUACAUCCCGCAACUUUGUCAAGCCAUGUGGUAUGAAUGUGUUUCAUGUCCUUCAUGGAUGUCUAAAUCUAGGUGGGUGAACGUUCAAGUGAUAGAGAAAUAUGCCCGUGUCAAUGCAUGACUAAUCCCAACAUGUGACCUUCUUUGUGUGUCACACUCUCCAAACAGAUCGGAGUCUGACAGUUCCCCAAGGUCGAAAAAGGAGAAGAAGAAGAAGCGCCGAAGCAGAACCCCGUGAGAGAAAACACCGAAGCUGAAUGGGGUGGUUGGCGUCCUCACUAUGAAGAGAGCGAAUGGGUAUAUUUAUAAGUAGUAGUUUUGGGGCAUUGUUUUGGGAGGGGAGGGGUGGCUGGACACUUGGAACUUGAUAUUGAGGAGAUCUUCAACCUAGCCCAUCAUGUGAAGUUCCAGAAAUUGAUUGAUAGAGCACAUGUAUGCCUGGGACACAAUGUUCCCGUUGGAGAGCCAGGCUGCUCCACUGAUCAAAUCAGCAUAGUUCACAUGGUUCGCAGGAAAAUACAUCCAAUCAUGUUCCAAGCCGGCCCUACGCGCCUGCGCGAACGAACACCCAACUUCAUCCAAGUACAUACCCCUGUUAGC